AUGAUUCUCCUGGAAGGUGAUUUGGCAGUAGAGAUACCUGGCGACAGUUCUUCAGCAAGAGUUUCGCCUGGAGAUGCCAUAGGUGAAUUGUCUAUCCUGACAGACAAACCAUCGCUUGUGCACUAUCGUUGCAUCUCCCGCUGUACUUUUGCUGCGCUCUCCCGAGAGGUUUGCACGCGGCUCUUGGAAGAUUGUCCGCGAGACUUUACUCUCACGCUGUUGCAUUUGAUUGUAGGCCGCACAGCAACCUGGUUGCAUCGUGUGGAUGCCUGCUUGGACUGGCUGACUGUUGAGGGCAGCAGUUGCCUCUAUCGUCAGGGUGAUGAGAUGUCAGGCUUUUUCAUGGUAUUGUCUGGCCGCCUCGUUGCGCUGGAAAAGGUGGCGGAGGUCAAAAGCAAACGUGUUCCAGGACCUUUGCGCGAGACCAGUCAAACAGAGCGGGUCACUGACCUGCUGCAACGUGGUCGCCUUUGUGGAGAACUGGACUGCUUACGCAAAAGCUGCUACUCGCAAACUGUGCGUGCCUGCCGGGAUUCUGAGCUUUGCCGAGUCUCGCCCACGCUGCUGCAGCUGAUUGCAAUGGAUUUCCCACAGGCAAUCCUUCACUUUAGCUCUUACAUUGGCAGCCGUCCAUCCCAGUCAGAGGACGUGUCAAGUGCCAAGCACAAGACCACCAUCACAGUUGUUCCUGCCACCGCAGAUGUGGACAUCCAUGAAGUUUGCUCCAAUCUCACUUCAGCCCUUAGCAAGCUGGGCAAGACAAUGCACAUCUCUCCCUCCACGGACCUCUUCUUUUCGCCUGGCCUCAAGGGUUCAGCUCGCAGCUUGGACGAGGGGCGCUUGGGACGGCUCUUGGCAGAUAUGGAGGAGAGGAGCCGCUGGCUGGUCUACGAGGCAGAGCCCUGUGGCGCAGGAGUGGCGACAUCCUGCGCAGCUCCGUUGUGUCGGGAACAUUCGGCGCGCAGCUUCGGAGACACCAAGUUUGUCGGAUCAGCAGCCCAUGCUGAUGCACUGAAGCCGGGUGUUAGCGGCUUCGUGCGACACCACUUGUUCGUCCACAAGGGAAGGAAAUGUCAGCGCUCAACACGGCACUACUUGAACCAAAGGUCUUGGGCCAGGCGUUGGCACCAUGUGCGCUUGGGCCCCGAGGAUGCCCGCGAUUGGGCUAGGGUGGCCCGGCUCAUCGCAGGGAAGGCCGUAGGCGUUUGCUUCGGCGGUGGUGGUGCCAGGGGCAAUGUGCACUUUGGGGUGAUCAAGGCAAUGCAGGAGCUGGGCAUCCCCAUCGAUGUGGUCUCAGGCACUUCCUUUGGGGCCUUGGCCGCUGCCAUGUAUGCCAUCAGCGCGCCCGAGCCCAGCUCGUUGCAACGUGUGGUGACUCGUGUGAUGACCACGCAGUUUUCAACACGGAAGCUGCUGUGGGAUUUGACUUUUCCCCGCACGGCCAACUUCACUGGAGCGUUCCUCAACGCCAUGCUGAAGGAGAUCUUCGCGCGGCGGCGCUGUGAGGAUCUAUUGAUCCCCUUCUCCUGUACGAGCACAGACAUUGUGCAAUUCGAGGAGAAGGUACACCGUGACGGGCCACUUUGGCGCGUAGUGCGAGCCUCGAUGAGCUUGGUGGGAAUAGCACCUCCGCUGCCACAUCAGGAGCGAAGAGAGGAUGGUAAGGUUUCUACUACCUUGCUGGUUGAUGGCGGGUAUUCGAACCAGUAUCCGAUCGAAGUGUUGAAGGAGCAUGGUGCUGGCAUCGUUAUUUGCGUUGAAUGCUGCCCUGACUACUCCCCGGUUUGUCGCUUCGAUGCGUUUGGUGAAUAG